ACAAAAUCAUUAUUAAUUAUUAAUGUUAUUUUUAAAUAAUUUAAUUAUAGUAUAACUUAUUUACAUAUAUAUUCAAAACCCCAUUAUUUAUACUAUUCUUCUGCAGGGGAGAUUACAACAGGUGUCUGGGGUAUUAUUGGUAAACAACUCCUCAGAUGAUGUCAGAGGCUUAGUGAUGAAGAGCUUUAUCACGUACGAUGUCUCCGUGUUAGUCAUUCACUCCAUACACCCGUCAAUGCUUCAGAGAGCUGUGGACCUCAGAGAAAACCCCUGACCAAGGUUAUUUGUUGGUGCAUUUUUUGGUGAAAAUGAACCCUCUGGAGGAUGUACCAUUUCAGACCCUACUGGGUCCACUGGAAGAGGAAGUGGAGCUCGUGGCAGCUCCAAACAUCGCUGAGCCAGACUGUCGUCAAAUACUACGAGACACUGAGGUCACGCAUCCAUUAUGGAUUUAACCUGGAGAAAUGGAUUUUAUCUCGGCAGCAGCCAGUUCGUCAGGCCCCCUCCUGCCCCCCCUACUGGCUGCUGUUCAGCAGCCCUCAAGAGAGUCGCAGGGCCGGUCGCAGGAACAGCGACCCAUGGGCCUCGAGCCCGCGGCCCCGCAGUCACAGCCUGAACUCUGCAGACAUUCGCUGCCUGCACCAUCGCACUGUCAAGUUCCUCGUAUCUGACUCUGAGGAUGAAGACGGUUACAAUGAGGACAACGAAUCCUCUACUGAAGAUGCACCUCACCGCACCAAGAGCAGAGAGCGGCCCUGGAGCGCCGCACCCAAAGACCCAGGCCCCAGAGUCAAAGACCCAGGCCCCAGAGUCAAAGACCCAGUCUCCAGAGUCAAAGACCCAGUCUCCAGAGUCAAAGACAUGCACCACGGUCCUUCGACUCAGCACUGUAAACCUGACUCACCUCAGAGCCUCAGAGGCCACAGAUGGUCCUUAUCUUCUCUCCAAGACUGCAGACACCCUCUGCGAGUACUGGAGCAGCACCGGCCCCAGCAGGCCAGCCCCCUCCUCUUGGGGCAGAAGAACGGCAAGAAGAGGCAGCGUACACUGGGCCCCGGGGGAAGAAAGUUCUCCCAGAAUACACCACCUGCUGCUCCCUCCCCAUGCAGGCUGCAGCAGCAACGACCCUCCUCUGCAGGACCUGUUGUCAAAAACGGCCGACAGAAGGCCCUGAGGACAGGUGGCCCUCGUGGGGUUUUCUUUGAUUCAGCAGCAGAGUUGCUGACAGCACUUAGCCAGGAAGAGAGGGAGCUACUUGAAACCAUCACAGAGAGGGGAUACCCUUUACGCACUGCUAUUCUGGCUCUGCAGAAGACAGGCUACCACAGCCCAGAGAAGAUCCUCAAAUACCUGAUGGCCACUGACCGUCUGUGUAAGCUGGGUUAUGAUGAAGCACAGGUGGAGGAGGCAUUGGAGAUGUUUCAGAACUGUGAGAGCAAGGCUGCUGAGUUCCUACGCCUUCUGACUCAGUUUAAUGAGAUGGGCUUCCAGCAAAGUGCAAUCAAAGAAGUUCUGCUUGUCCAUGAAAAUCACCGUGAGAGGGCUCUUGAAGAACUCAUGACACGCAUGGCUUAAACAGUUUCCCCCCCAUUUCUAGUCUACAUGGAGAAAUGGUUAUGUGAAAUGUAAUACUUAACAGAUACUGCCUUCUGACUCAGUUAACAUGCAUCCCAACUGUAGGGGCUAUAAAGAAAACAUACAGGUGGAAUUAAAUAAUAAAUAGGUACUCUUAGUUAGGAUGAACGUUUUUUUAAAAUGUUUAUUUACAGGUUGAUUUAUAAAAAGCAAAUGUAGCUGUCAUUCCAGCUGGAGACUCUAUACCUGCUGCAGUACUAAAACAAUGUAGUGCUCUACAUGUGUAAAUAACAUUUCACUUAAAAACAAAAAAACUAUAACCCAACAAGAAAAACGUCAAAUAAAAAGCCACGACAGCCUUGGUUCAAACAUCAUUAACUUGCCACAAAAUACAUACAGCAGAGAAAACUGCUCCAGCAGUAACCCUGAAAUGAAGUCUUAGGAAAACAGGAUUGUUGGAGAGAGACAGAUUAAAAUAUUUACACUUUUUUAAAAAGAAGUUUAGAAUAAAGUUCCCUCUUGUCCACUACGUGAAAACUACACCAAACUACCGCUGAGCUGGAAGACGUCCGGCAACGGAGCAGCUGCUUCGUCUCAUCACUGAUGACUGACAGUGGAGUUCAGCACUCCUGACUUCACCGUCGAUUUAGAAGCCUUUGAGAGGUCUCUCUGUAAAGAAGAGUCAGAAUUAACAGUCAGUAUCUUUGUUCAUAUUCAAGGUGUCAAUUGAUUGAAUAAUCCAGUCAGUGUGUGUGCAUUCACACAGUGUUAGUAUGUAACAUAGUAGAAUAAAAUUAUAUUGUUUAUUAAAUUUUGGAAAAAAGAUUUGUAAUGUCUAGAUUGUUUACACUGGACUUACAGUGUAAGAGUAAAGUGCUAGAACUUCCUCACUAUUUCCUACGGCUCUAAUCUAAAUAAAAAUAAUCUGGGAUGUGUA